AGAGAGUCUGUUUGAAACCAAAGAGCGAAGCGCUGCGGUACAGAGCGUGCGCGUCUCUUCCGCCGGAAGUUUCCAUAGAAGUUUUGGUGGCUAAUUCUUCACGUUGACGGUGGAUUGCUGCAGCUGCUCCGGACUCAUCAUGAUUGAAGUUGUCUGCAAUGACCGAUUAGGGAAGAAAGUGCGAGUAAAAUGCAACUCAGAAGACACCAUCAAAGACCUGAAAAAGCUGAUAGCUGCUCAGACAGGAACCCGGUGGGAGAAGAUCGUCCUGAAGAAGUGGUAUACAAUAUUCAAGGAUCACGUAUCACUUGCUGACUAUGAAAUUCACGACGGGAUGAACCUAGAGCUGUAUUACCAGUAACCGGCACCUACUCAUCACAUCCCCCCCCCCCCUUUAUUUUAUGGUAUUUACACACCGUCUGGAAUCUGACUGCCCGGAUCGGUGGAAGAUCAUUUCCUGUUAUGUUAUGAUCAUCAGAAAGACUGCAGCGGCCAUUUUGGCUACACAUUGUUUUUGGAUACAUUUUUUUUUUAAA